AUGGCGGCCCAAGAGAAAAUAUCGGUCUAUAACACAGCUGACCUCAAGAAUACAUCCGACGAUGCCAUACCCAACUAUCUUAACUCGCUCAAGUUCAAGCAGUCGCACACACUCACAGACGUGCGUCUAGCACUUGGCUAUUCAGCCUUUGCCAUAUCAGCCGCCUGUUUCUUCUGGGACUACAAGCUGGGCUUUGACAGCACCAAAUACUAUACGGCUGCCGCCGUCGCCCUCUAUGCCGUCUUGAAUGGCGCUCUCACCUUGUGGGCAUACUUCGUGGAGAAGAAUAUCAUCUACGUUGGCACUGCGCCAAGCGGUGAAAAGAUCACCAUAGCCUCCAGCGUCACCAAGUACGACCCUAGCUACCGGCUCACCAUCACCAUAGUCCCCAAGGGCGCUUCCAAAGGCCAGACCAUUGAGGUCGCUCGUCCUUUUUCAGAGUGGUUCGACUCUGUUGGUCACUUCAUUGCUGCACCUUUCCAGACGAUGCUGGCUACUUCGGUGCCGGCGAUAGCCAAGGUCGAUUCCAAGAGGCUCGCAAGCAUCCCCUCUGCUCAGGCAGAUACUUCGGCACCCAAGGAAGAUGGUUACAGUGCCGAGAUGUUGGACGCUAUUUUGUCGUCGUCUGGAUCAGCGACGGGUGCAGACCCCACCGGCUCUGUAUCAGCCAAGAAGGGGGGGAAGCGCCGCAAGGCGUGA